GGUUCCGCUGCUGCCUCCGCGUCGCUCCGCCCUGUCCAGGCCUCCCAGGCGGUUGCGGGGAGCCCGGAGGUCUCCUGGGGCCCGCAGGUCCUUCUGUCUGGCGUCCUGCCGGGGCGCUCGGGCGUGUUCGCACCACGGGAGGAAGUGAAGGGACGCUGGCGCCUCCAACGGCACGUCCGUGAGCAGCGGCCUUCACGGCGAAGCAGGCAGGAGUCAGGGGUAUUUGUUUUGACCUGCCAUUUUAAAAUAAGUCAAAAUGCCAAUAAGACCGGAUCUCCAGCAGUUGGAAAAAUGCAUUGAUGAUGCUUUAAGAAAAAAUGAUUUCAGACCUUUGAAAACACUUUUACAAAUAGAUAUUUGUGAAGAUGUGAAGAUUAAAUGCAGCAAACAGUUUUUCCACAAAUUGGAUGACCUUAUAUGCAGGGAACUUAAUAGAAAGGAUAUCCAAACUGUUUCAGUCAUUUUCAUUUCUUUUGGAAGAUGUGGCAGAAAUAUCAGUAUAUUAGGGCAAGCCGGACUUCCAACUUUGAUACAACAAGGACUAAUCCAAAAGAUGGUUGCCUGGUUUGAAAAAUCCAAGGAGAUACUUCUGAGUCAAGGAAAUUCAAAAGAUGAAACUCUUACAAAUAUGAUAGAAGACUUACUUGACCUUUUGAUGGUCAUAUAUGACGUCAAUGAUGAAGGUAAAAAGCAAGUAAUGGAAAGUUUCAUACCUCGAAUUUGUGCCCUGGUUAUAGACUCAAGAGUGAAUAUUUGUAUUCAGCAGGAGACUCUAAAAAAAAUGAAUGCUAUGCUUGACAAAAUGCCUCAAGAUGCCAGGAAAAUACUCUUUACCCAAGAAAUAUUAAUUCUCAUGAACAGUAUGGGAAAAAGGAUUUUAGAUGCUGGAGAUUAUGACUUACAAGUAGGUAUCGUAGAGGCUUUAUGUAGAAUAACAACAGAGAAACAAAGGCAAGAACUGGCAUGUCAGUGGUUUUCAAUGGAUUUUAUUGCAAAUGCAUUUAAAGGAAUUAAGGAUUCUGAAUUUGAAACGGACUGCAGGAUUUUUCUCAACCUUGUAAAUGGCAUGCUUGGAGACAAAAGAAGGGUCUUCACAUUUCCUUGUUUAUCAGCAUUUCUUGAUAAAUAUGAGCUGCAAAUACCAUCAGAUGAAAAACUUGAGGAAUUCUGGAUAGAUUUUAAUCUUGGGAGCCAGUCUCUAUCAUUCUACAUUGCUGGAGAUGACGAUGACCAUCAGUGGGAAGCGGUCACUGUGCCCGAGGAUAAAGUACAAACGUACAGCAUUGAAGAGAGAAAAUCAAAGAAGCUGCUGACUGUAAUUCUGAAAAAUAUCUUGAAAAUUAGUACAAGAGAAGGAAAAAAAUUGCUUUUGUAUUUUGAUGCAUCAUUAGAAAUCACUAAUGUGACACAAAAAAUGUUUGGUGCACAUAAACAUCAGGAAUUGAUCAGAAAACAGAGUAUUUCAGUUGCCAAAACAUCUGUGCAUGUACUUUUUGAUGCAAGUGGAUCACAGAUUCUAGUACCGGAAAGUCAAGUCUCCCCAGUUGCAGAAGAACUCGUUAGUUCAAAAGAAAAACCUAACUCCCAAAAGGAAUUUGCUAAACCUCAAAAACAUAUCCAAAACAGUACUCCAGGGGAUAGAAGAAAUAGUCAGCCUGAGAUAAUUACUCCUAGCAGAAGAAAAAUGUCUGAAGCCUCAAUGAUUGUUACUGGUGCAGAAAGGUACACCGUGAGAAGUCCAUUACUUUUAAUCAACACACCAACACCACGAAGAGGAAGAAUUAAACCACCACUGCAAAUGAUGAGUUCUGCAGAAAAACCUGGUGUUUCUAAAAUGUUGGAAAAUGAAGUGGACAAUGCUGUACCACAUCAGCCUAAAUCACGUGAAGGAAGCAACAGAGGAGAUGAUACAGACAAAUGCAUCAAAGCCGCCACCGGUGUAGAGAAGACAGAAAACAAGGACACUGAAUUCCCAAAUCAAAAUUUUAGUGAACCCCUGUACGUCAUUCCUGAUUCACAGGCAGUAGGAAAAAUAGAUGAACUUAGGUUUCCUGGUGUUUCCUACAACAGUCAUGGGAAUAAAACACCCUCUAAGUGGGUGUGUUGGACACCUGUCACCAAUAUUAAGUUAUGCAAUAAGCAAAGAGCAAGCCUUCCUUCCCAAGGAGACACAUUUAAUCAAGAUAUUGCUAUCAACAAAAAAGUUAAAAAACAAAAAUCAUCCUCUUCAUUAUCUGAUGAUAAUUCUGAAGAGACAGGAAAGAUGAAAUAUAAGAAAGAAAGAGUGCAGCAUAACAAAAUAGAUACAGCAGAAGACAUUUGCAGAAGAAACAAUCAACAACUCAAUCAACAUUCAGAGCAGAAAAAUACUGAAAAUACUGAGCAGAGUGAUUGGCAUAUUGAAUCUGAAACUACUUUCAAGUCAGUUCUCCUAAAUAAGACAGUUGAAGAAUCUCUCAUCUACAGGAAGAAAUACAUAUUGUCAGAAGAUGUGAAUACUGCUAUUUGUGAUAAAAGCCCUUCUCCUAGUAAAAAUGCAAAGAGUCAUAGAAAAUCAAGGAAAAGAUUAAUGUCUGAACUUAAUGCCUGGGAUUUGAAACAAAGAAAAAUGAGAGAAAAAUCAAAAGGGAAAGAACUUACUAUUGCAGCAGAUUCCUUGAUAAGCCAAAUUAAUAAGCGAUACAAACAGAAGGAUGCUGUACAGUCUACAAGAAAAUUAAAGGAGUCUUUGAUUAACAGUGGUUUUUCAAACAAGUCUGAUCUACAGCUCAGUAAGGAAAAGGUUCAGAAAAAAAGUUAUAGACAACUGAAGACUACUUUUGUUAAUGUUACUUCUGAAUACCCAUUGAAUGAUGUUUACAAUUUUAAUUUGAGUGGAACUGAUGAGCCUAUUAUAAAACUUGGAAUCCAGGAAUUUCAAGCUACAACUAGAGAAGCCCGUGUGGAUAAUUCAAUAAAAUUGGUUGGUUUAAGGAAUCACGAAGAACUUGAACCAACUCUCAAAACAAGAGAUAAAAGAAUUGUAACAAGUCACAAAAAGAAAAACCUCUUUAGUGAUACUGACACAGAGUACAGAUGUGAUGAUACCAAGACCGAUAUCAGCUGGUUGGCGGAACCCAAAUCAAAGCCGCAGCUAGCGGUGUACGGCAGAAGUAGGAGCGUGAAGAGGAGACAGAAGAGUGGGAGACCAAGUCCAUUUUUGGAAAGGGAACAACCAAGAUCUAAAAUGAAACCCAAGAAAAAUGUCACCGGAAAGGCAGAUGAGAUCAUUCCAGAUGGGAGAAGCAGACGUCCACGAAGGGCGGCAAACACCAGAAUAAACUAUAAAGAUCUCUCUAAUUCAGAAUCGGAAUGUGAACAAGAAGUUUCACAGUCAUUGAGAGAGAAAGUGCUAGUAAAGGAGGAGAAUACCUCUUCCAGAAGGGAAACCAUGACACUGCCAAAGAAAGAGCAGGACGCUGUCUCUGCCGAGAUGCAGAAGGACGCGGCUAAAGGAAGGGCGGACACGGCUCUGCCAGAAGGCACGGGCGGAGGUGACAGCCUGGACUCGCCUCCUGUAUCUUCAUCUGGGAGUUCUCCGUCUAUAGAAGUGAUGAGAUGUGUAGAGGAAGUGAAGGACCAGGAUUUCACUGAGGAUCCAGGCUGCGCAGCAAAAUCCCUACCACCUGAGUCCUUAAACAGCAGAUAUGGUGUUGGAGAGCCAAUCAAGUUACUGAGAAACAGUGAAAAAAAUUUACUGUGUGCAAGAGAAAGUUGCUCACCCAUCCCACAAUCCCUCUCUUCGGAAACUCACUCAGCAUCUCCAUUAUCCAUGUCCAGUGAAGGAGGAGAGAAGAUAUGGGGUGAGCGGCCCAGCGGCUCUGCUCAUGGAUCAGGCCCAACACACCAUCACUGUCGAAAACGAAUGUACAUAGAAGACAAUCUGAGUAAUCCUGAGGAAAUAAGGUUGGAAGAGGAUCAGGAAGGGAGAGCACACUCGCUUCCCCCAAAACUGACUAAAACUGAAGAUUCAGAUCACAAAAUGUCUAAAAGCACAUCUUCAGUGUCAACAAACGACUCUUCUUUUCCUGGGAAAGACUGGGGAGCCGGAACUUCAGACAUAGGCACGACGUGUGAGCAGUUUAAUACAGGAUUUAAGAAGACAUGUAAUAUCCACCAAAAACUGAUGGAUUAUUUCACUAAGCAGUCUUGGAAAACAGCUCGGCAGCAUCUGAAAACGAUGAACCACCGCAUUCAGGAGUACAGGAUCCAAAAGCUUGAUAAAUUCCAGCUCAGCAUCAUAGAAGAGUUGAAGAAUUUUGAAAAAGAUUCACAGACUUUAAAAGAUUUGGAGAAGGAAUUUGUGGACUUUUGGGAAAAGACAGUUCAGAAGCUCAUUGCCUAUCAACAAAAUGAACAGGAGAGGCUCCACCUUCUGAAGGCCUUGCUGGACGCCGACGUCUUCUCCACCACCGACCAGGAGGAGAGGGUGUGCGCGGCCGAGAUGUGUUCCAUGAAAGAAAACAUGAAAAUCCUACAAGACCGGCUUCUUAAGGAAAUGCAAGAAGAGGAGCUUCUUAAUGUACGCAGAGGACUGUUGUCAUUAUUCAUGGCUCGUGAAACAAACGUGAAUAUGGAGAUCUAGCUGUUACCCAGGUUUACCCGGUUCCUCUUUGGGUUCUUCUUCGUAUGUAAGUGAGGAACUACUGAACAGCCCUACAAAGAAAAAGUACCCAUCACCCAGGCAAGAGUGCCUUUGACCUCUGAGUUCAAGGAAACGUCUCAUGGACGAGAAAAAGCAUUGGCUCCAAGUCCCUGAAACGCGUCUGUGCAAACCACAGAAAUGGAAUUGCCUUGUGUUAGUAGUAGUAUUUGAAGUAGACAUUACCGAGUUAACUAUAUUUAACUAUACUUAUAAAACUAGUUGUUUAAUAAACUAAAAUUUAUCAUAUAAAAAGUAUUUUACAUGAAUACAG